UUUAUAAUAACUAAUUUAAUUCAACACAAACAUGCUUAAGCAUUCCAUUUCUAACGAAUCACCUCCAAAGCGUAUAAAUACAAAAUAAUUAGUCUACCUACGCGCACACACACAUCUGUAUUAUUUAAGAAUUUAUUAAAAAUGGUUGAUUUUUUUUGGGUGUAGUGUAAUAACUGUUAAAACGAACUUCUUAAUAAGCGCCGCCGCCGCCGCCGCCGCCGCCGCCGCCGCCGCCGAGGACAUGUCGGUUAUGUCGGCACCACUGUCAUGCAUCUCCAUCUCCGACAAAUGCAACGCAAUGCCGGAGCUCCGGCAAGUGCAUGCCCAUUUGAUCAAAUCCAAUCUCAUCUCCUCCUUCUCCGCCCUGUCCGCUAAGCCCCUCGCAUUCCACUCCAUCGUUCGAUCACUCUCCUCUCAGUCCGAGAAGCAGCACCUCUCUCUUGUUCUCUACUCCAAAAUCCUCUCCUUUUUGGAUGAUCUCCGUGGUAUUGAGUUAUUGCUCCCUUCUGUUCUGAAGGAUGUACUUGGAUUGGGGUCAGCUGGAACUCGCCGGACAAGUGCUUGAUAAAAUGCCAAACAGAGAUGUAAUAUCUUGGAGUUCAAUGAUUUCAGGCUGUGUGAAGGUGGGGGAUAUCAAUCUUGCUCGAAAGCUAUUCGAUGAAAUGCCUGAUAAGGAUGUUGUCGC